AGCCUGGCCUCGAGUUCAGCGGUAAAAAUGGAGGAAAUCGGGAUCCUGGUAGAGAAGACGCAGGAUGAGCUUCCUGCUCUCUCAAUCUCGAAGCCUCAGAUUGGCCUCUCCUUUCUAGUUCCAGAAGCUGAGGAUGUGGAAGAUCUAUAUAGUCGUUACAAGAAAUUGCAGCAAGAGCUGGAGUUCUUGGAGGUCCAAGAAGAGUACAUCAAAGAUGAGCAGAAGAACCUGAAGAAGGAGUUCCUGCACGCCCAGGAGGAGGUGAAGCGCAUCCAGAGCAUCCCCCUCGUCAUCGGCCAGUUCCUGGAGGCGGUGGACCAGAACACCGCGAUUGUUGGUUCCACGACAGGUUCCAACUAUUACGUCCGGAUCUUGAGCACCAUCGACCGGGAGCUGCUGAAGCCCAAUGCCUCUGUGGCCCUGCACAAACACAGCAACGCCUUGGUGGACGUGUUGCCACCUGAGGCUGACAGCAGCAUCAUGAUGCUCACUUCAGAUCAGAAACCAGAUGUGAUGUACGCUGACAUCGGAGGGAUGGACAUUCAGAAGCAGGAGGUCAGGGAGGCAGUGGAGCUGCCCCUCACCCACUUUGAACUCUACAAACAGAUCGGCAUUGACCCUCCGCGGGGCGUUCUGAUGUACGGCCCUCCUGGUUGCGGGAAGACCAUGUUGGCCAAAGCCGUAGCUCAUCACACCACAGCUGCCUUCAUCCGGGUGGUGGGAUCUGAGUUCGUGCAGAAGUACCUGGGUGAAGGACCACGCAUGGUGCGGGACGUCUUCCGCCUGGCCAAAGAGAACGCUCCGGCCAUCAUCUUCAUCGACGAAAUCGAUGCCAUUGCCACCAAGCGCUUUGAUGCUCAGACUGGCGCGGACAGGGAGGUUCAGCGCAUCCUCCUGGAGCUUCUCAACCAGAUGGACGGCUUCGACCAGAAUGUUAAUGUCAAGGUGAUAAUGGCCACCAACCGAGCUGACACCCUUGAUCCUGCUCUGCUCCGGCCAGGCCGUCUGGAUCGCAAAAUCGAGUUUCCUCUGCCAGACCGACGCCAGAAACGGUUAAUCUUCUCCACCAUCACCAGCAAGAUGAACCUGUCUGAGGAAGUAGAUCUCGAGGACUAUGUAGCCCGGCCGGAUAAGAUCUCAGGAGCUGACAUCAACUCGAUUUGCCAGGAGGCGGGGAUGCUAGCCGUGCGGGAGAACCGCUACAUCGUUCUGGCCAAGGACUUUGAGAAGGCCUACAAGACGGUCAUCAAGAAGGAUGAACAGGAGCACGAGUUCUACAAAUAAAGCCGGAAAAGCUCUCUGGAGACUGGGCUGGUUGUCUCAGUCUGUACUUGGGGGUGAGCGGGGCGGGGUGCUUUUGUGUGUGUGUGUGUGUGUGUCUGGUGCUGGAAAGGGAGAAUUACCCUGAGUAAAUAAUUUCCUGGGA